AUGUUAGUAUCGAUUCCUAAAAGUCGUGUUCCUAGAUACAUUGUUAAUAGUAAGUUCAUCAAAUGCCGAUACGCUCAUCCGGAAAUAGUUAAAAAACUUCACUGGAUCUUUUCUGAUAUUUUCAAAAAAUAUUACAGAUGUGCAAGACGUGCAGGGAAUUUUUGUUCAGGAUCAUUGAAAAAGUUGGCGGAUGGCACAUUUAUUACUAUUAAAUCACAUAAUGGCCACCAACCCCAUAAUCCUAAUGAGGCAUUGGUUAGAGCAUUGAGGGAAGUUCUUAAAAGAAGGGCUUCAUCAAAAAAUUUGAUAUUGAAGCAUAUUUAUGACGGAGAAGCUAGAAGAAAUCCUGAAGCUUCUAGCCUGUAUCCAUAUUCAACUGCUGAAAGUAUUAUGCGACUAGCCAGAAGAUCGUCGCUGCCAUCUCUGCCCCAUUCUCUGGCUGAUUUGGCUACUAUCUUUGAUGAAGGACGUUUGCAUCGUUACUCUUGCUGUGGUGAAAUCAUGUUUAAGGGUUGUGUGCAAGAUGUUGAUGGCCGAGCAUGCAUGAUUUUUUCAUGCACCGCCCUACUACAAUUAGUUUUGGCUAACAAUAUUGACGAAGUGCAUGUAGAUGUGACUUUUAAGGUUGUGCCUUCAAACAUGGGAAGUCAGUUGUUGACUAUCCAUUGUAUGAUUGACAAUUAUUCUAUACCUAUAGUUUACUGUCUCAUGGAAUGUAAAACGAGAAAUACGUACAACUGCGUUUUCAACUUUUUAAAGACAAAUUUGCUGGCCAACCUCAAUCCAUCCAUUAUAAUAACGGAUUAUGAAACUGCACUGAGAGAUACUCUCACAUUUAUAUUUCCAAGUGCACGAAUCACCGGGUGUUGGUUCCACCACAACCAAGUAGUUUGGCGAAAUAUGAAAAAAAGAGGAUUUUUACAAUUAAUAAACACAAAUAAAUUUGCUUCAAAAGCUCUAAGGAUGCUAUUUGCAUUACCAUUGUUACCAUCUGGUGAUAUACAGCGAGCAUUUGAUAUGGUAAGAAUGUUUGCUGUGAAUCACGGAAUACCAAUGUCAAGUUUAUUUGAUUACUAUGAUAAGUAA